CGUGAAUUGUUACGUUGCCAGAUUCUAGGGUUUCAGAUGUCGAGCUUUUCCUCCCCAGAUCGCCAUUUCUGGAAAUAAACAUGCCUCCACACCUCCAACUAUGUACCUCCCCCUACGGCAUACCCAAUAUACUACCCUGCCUCGCCUUUUCCUUUAGUUCCAUUCCAGCGCCUCUGACUUGAUUCUUCUCCAGCGAUAAUUGCCUGCGGUCACACGAUGGCAGAAUUCUAUAACGGCUCGGCGUUGUGCGAGCCGUUCGGAGGCUCCACGAUCAAACUCUUACCUACCUCCGUAGAUAAGCUGUAAGUGGUAGGGAGGCUGUAAAAUGAGACAUCCCUCCUUGUCGCGGGAUUGACGAUGAGGAAGACUGAAUUAUUCUAAUCCUACGCGAACUGUGAGGACUCUAACUCGAGCCUCGCCGCAAAAGACCUUUGAACCGGUAGGGUCUUGGUCUUUUAGGCAUGGAAACGACCACGUCCGCAUGGGUUCCUUAUCUCUCCCCACCUGUUCCGCAGAAAUCUUCUCAUGCGCACUGAUCAGUAAAUGCAGUGCUUUAUUGGUGCCCGCGUCUUCUCGUGGAACCAAGUUCUGGUGUGGAGCGGGCCGAUGAUACUAGAAAUUUCAGAGCCUCACUAGAGGGGAGUUAGCGUCGGAAAAUCUGGUGCCUGAGGCCCUAAAAUCCGGGGCGAGUUUAAUCCGGUCGGUCUACAGCUGCCUCUACAUUCCCAGCCUUGUACCACUGAUUAAAUUCCAAAUCUACACCUGGCUAUUCACCCGCCGCCAUCCUUGAAGUGUAUCAUGAUGAAUUCCAAGUCGUCUUUCCUCGCCACUAACCAUUGCAUGUUUUGCUAUGAGCAAUUUCCGCUGCGCUUUGUAUCCGGCCCCAAUGCCUGGCAAUCUGUGGUUCGCGCCGGUAUACUCUGGAGACCUCGAGUCACCUAUUCUGCUAACAGAUCUUGCAGUGCUGAGUCUGGACGUCGAAGGCGAGGAUACCAUCGAGCUUACCAAACCGACCUACCUCCCAAGCAAUCAUUGUGAUGUCGAUGUUGCUCUGAUCGGCCAUUCACGAACAAAAGUAGUUACAAUUUCUCGAGAACUGCGAGUCAAUCAGACAUGCGAUAGUGAUCGACUGGCCUUUUGCUUUCAUAGCUGGUGCUAUUCAGUCCUAAAAUGGGACCUGAAAUGGGAAGUGAAGGAUCGUUUCGUCCCAGUCAUCUACAAACUCGCUCGAGCUCUUGCACCGGACCCAUCGAUGUGGGAGGAUAUUCAAGAAGUACGUCACUAUUUCGACAUAGCUAGAGUGAGGAUGCUCGCUUGCUAUGAGAAGCAACCGCUCUUGAUGUCGAGGUUACCCACAGAAAUCAGAGCCUAUAUCUGGUGCUACACUGGGUUUUUGACGCCAUACAGUGCCUUUGUCCUCGUGAGAACCGAAACGUCCCGUCUCGUCCGUUACCUGCGCUCACCUUUGACUCGCGGGCUGAGUCAAUAUCAAGGACCUUUCUUGUCUGCUAGUAUGGUCUCGGUUUUUGGUACGGAAUAUAUUCAAGGCUUAAUGGAAGACAGAGAAUCUAAGGGGAAUCGUCACUCGAUCGGGAAUGCGACUCGGUUGAAGUACGUUAUAAGUGUUGGAGGUCUUUGUGCGAUUCAGUUUCUUGGUGUCGAUUGGGAAGGUGACUGGAUUGGAAAGAUUCCCGCUGUAGACUGUGCCUGGUAUGGGAUUAUACGAGGAGAAGUGUCGACCCUCCGGUAUGAAUGCAGUGAUCUAAACUGCACAGGCAUAACAAUCGCUGCUGAACCUUCCACUAUUAGCCAAGUGGUGUGGGAUCAGGCCGAUUUCCCGUCCACGCUCCUGGAUCCAGAUGCCACAUUGUUUGAUUUUGAUCGAGAUGUUAUGCGUUCCGAGUCCAGAAGUGCAAAGCGACGGUUUUUCAGAUACUUGUCUUUAUGGUCCAAGGACGAGUAUACAAGGGGAAUUUCUGUGUAUAUUUCUGGACACGGCAUCGUUGGUUUAGAGGUUCAUUUCACUCGCUUUUCACGGUUAUCUGGAACUCGUAAGGGCUGUACGGUACACCUUUCGUUCUGUCAAGAUGAACGCAUAGCUCACGUGUGGCUUCGCGUUCUCAACACACCGAGCUCCGCAUUUGCCACGCCUGCGUUAGUGAUUGAAACAACACAUGGAAGACUGCACACCUUUGGAUCGUACAUUCGACCACCUAUGGUGAUUGGCAAUGGCUACAAAUGGAUUCUUCUUCAGCCCGAAGGAUAUAUCACAGGGUUGUAUCACGAAAACGUAAGAUCCGGCAUGGCAAUUAUGAGACUCGGGGUCAUUGGUGAAGGUACUUCCUCAGGAGCUGCACCUCUCCGUCCUCAAUAUCACAAUUGUCAAUUUCCUUCUCCUCCCAUUGGAACCCCGAAUGCUGGGCUCUUUUUAUCAUUCGCUGGUCUGCAUGGCUUAGAAAGAGUUGACAUAUGUCGUGUCAAGACUCGCUGCACAGGGUUAAUGAUACAUUACCUCGACGGUCGUAUCAGCGUCCUUGGGCAGUGGCAUUCCUCUUGCAACUCGCAGAGGCACUGCAUAUAUGACGGUAAUGGGCCAGCUGUUACUUGCAUCUCAUUCGAGAUGUCAAGGUACAAAGACCGUCACAUUGUCACCGAAGUUAGCUUCACACCAUUCACGGCCAAGGCCAUUUCAGAUUCUGAAUACCGAAUUUUUGGUGUCGGAGAGAAUAUAGCUUGGUGGUGCUCAGAACGUUACGACGAAGUCUCACGCUGGACCGGAGAACUCCAAGAUGUCCCAGAGGAGAGUACGAUGAAACAAAGGAUGUAAUUCUUGCGCAACUUGCAAAAGUCUCAGGUCAAAUAAAACGGUAGAGAGCGACAUCCCCUUACUCCUGCUUGAUUAUCCAAAAAUAUCAUCAAAGCAGACAUACUUAUGAUGUUUCCAAGCAGUCCGUCCAUUGUAAGUCAUUCUCCUCCAGUCAUCCUGUUUGGUCGUUCUCGACCUUCCGUUUUUGUCCUUGAAAAUGAAUUCAUCCUUCGACAUCCUAUGAGUUUUUCUGGUCACCUUGACGAUAUAGUAGUUGGUUACUGCAGUUGACGCUGUUGCUUGCUGAUUAUCUCCUAGCUCCUCCAUCUGGUCAUCCUCGUCGUGUUCUUCGCUAUCACCAAUCUCACCGCCUGUUCGCUCGUUGUUCCCACCAGCUGCAACACUCUCUCCCGACUGAAACGCCGGGGGGAAUGUUGAUGAGUUAUAAGAGCUGGCUUGGUAGUCGGAGGUUCGAUCCAUUGAUGCGGAAACUUGAUAGACUGAUGUGGGCGUUUGAUAGCUUGAUGCGGAGAUUUGAUAGCCUGAUACUGGGGCUUGAUAGGUUGAUGCUGGAGCUUGAUAGCUUGAUGCGGGAGCUGGGUAGCUUGAUGCGGAGAUUUGGUAGCCUGAUGCUGGAGCUUGAUAGCUUGAUGCGGAGCUUUGAUGGCCUGAUGC